AUGCGCAUCGAGGCAAAACGCGACGUAAUGGCCGAUCCAAUGUCACAGCUCUCGGCAUCGACACAGGUAUUUGUUACGAUGAACGCGAGUGGGUUCUCGCUCUGGUGGUUUAUUAUUCUCUUGGUGCAUUUGACUACGUUUGCCUACAACAUGGGCUUCGCAUUGUUUUACUGGAAUGUGACCGACUGGUAUUUAAUGUUUGCGCUCGCGAGCCAUGGCGUCGGAAUGCCAUCGUCAGACUUCCGCACCAUUUCUUACGUCCACAUGGCGUUGGCAGGAGCUCACGGGUUUUACCUGGUGAAAAUGGUUUUCGGAUCUGCGAAGCACCGUACCUUAGUAUUUAGCUUUACGUCUCUCAGCAGUAGAAUCCUGUCCAACGGAGCGGAGUCUAGCUUGGGCAAUAAGAAGAUCAUCAUUUGGAAAUUUGAGCGCGUAUCGGCGUCGUGGCCUGUUUGA